AUGAUCAUCUUAAAUGAUGCUGCUGUUGGCGCUAACGGUGGACCCGAUAAUCCGGACAGUAAUGAAAAUGCACCCAAAGGCAUUGCAUUCUAUGCCAACAAUGAGGAAUUCCAUCAGCGUCUCCAACGCUAUAUAGCACUACUUAAGGAUGCCGACCAAAUUCAUAGCAAUUUGUCUUCCAUCUCAAAAUCAAUACCUGACUCCAACGUUUCACCGGAAGUUGAAGAAGCAAAGCAAAGGGAGUGUGGAAAUUUAUUGACAACCUUCGAAAAUAUUAUACACAGGGCAGAAUAUGUCGAACUAAAAAGUAUAUUUGAUAUAUACGCUAUGAUAACUACACGUCAACAAAAUAAAGAUGUAAAGCAGCAAAGGUUGCAUGAACUUGAUGAGAAACGUGUUCAGCUGGAGAAACGAUUCAAAGAUAAGGAAGGCUUCGCAGCUGCCCUUAUAAAUUUCGACUUAGCAGAAGCGCAUAAAAGUAUUAUAGACGAUGCAAUAGCGUUCAUUAGAAGACACAAUGCCCAGGAACCAUCACAACCGCCAAGUAAACCCGCGGGGAGUAACUCUUCUGUAAGUGGUGGAGAGGAUGUGCCUUUGGCUUCAAACAUACCUGCUGAGACUAAUCCGACUGGCGCUGCGUCUACACCAGAUCACACGAAUCACAUGGCAGCUAUGGGUAAUGCAAAUACUCGAGGUGGACGGGGCACAACACAUGAUACAAACGGAGAAAAUACAUCACAAACCACAGAAGGAACAGUCAACGAUAUACCCAACACAGCGGAUGCUAAGGGUUCAUCAGGGUUUGCGACGAUAGGUGCCAGGGUUAUUCAAACAAUGAUGGCGCUGGGCGUAAUGGCGGUUCUAUGA